AUGACUAGAGCCCUGAAAAUAUGCUGUUUCGCCACAGCUAUUGUCAUAGCAACUCUUCUUGCAGCAAUAUUAAUCAUCUACCUCACCCUGCUCAAACCUAAAGAGCCCAAAAUCACUACUGAGGAAGUCACCUUGAAAAGUUUCAGUGGGCUGCUAAAUCCACUUCAUCUCAAUGUCACACUAGGCAUCAUUGUCACUGUCGAUAAUCCUAACUACGGGAGUUUCAAGUACGAUAACACUACCGCGUAUAUAAGUUAUCAUGGUACACCUGCAGCUGAAGCAGCAAUAGAGGAGGACACGAUCCCGGCUCGUGGCAAGCACGAUAUCAGCACAGAUGUGUUGGUGAUUGUCGACAAUUUGGUGACCAAUUACUAUUUUCAGGAGGAAUAUGCCUCCGGCUGCCUGAAUUUUACGUCGUCAAUUACCCUCCACGGCUUAGCCAAGGUGCUGAAUUUCUUGAAAAUAAAGGCAACAGCAUAUAGCACAUGUGACAUCUCUGUUUACUUUCAAACUCAGAAUGCAUCAUCUGUUUGCAGGUCAAAACUUAUAUACUAA